CGUCGUCGACGACAUGUCCUUGAUUUCCUUCAGAGUACGCUGCUUCGCUCCUCACCACUGACCGUCGGCAGACAAACGCGGCUAUCAUCGUCAGGAAACGUCGACGUGGAGAUCGCAAGGUGACAGCCAGAUUUGUGAGGACAUCCCGUGUCUCCCUGAUACCGCUAGGGCACGCUGUCUUGCGAGCCUUCUCAACCUUGACGGCCAUUGCCCGCCUCCCCAGUAUCCAUAUCUCUCUACAAUAGGCAGCUAGAAUCCGACAAGAGCUGCAACUCUUCGCCCUUUCAAAUCGACUAGAUCUGAGAAUGCAACUGGGAGUCACCUCAUAGACCAACGACACCAGAAGUAAGAAUCUGCACUCGCCUCCGUUCGACGAACAGUCAAGGGGCGACUCUGCAACGUUCCCGGCCCCUGGACGAGCAAUGGAGAUCCAAGGAUCACACACGGAUGCUUCAAGCUCCACGCGGGGGCAAUCAAGAUCUGAAGCGCACCAUCGUGCCACUUCCUUCUCGAGAUCACGCGAGGGUGCAUCGUCCGUGUCUGCCUCUGCUCAAAGCAGCGCUUCGCAGGUCUCAAGUGUAGGACGUAGACCUUCUCGGAGGCAGGUGCACGGCCAUCCAGGUGCUGUUGCGACGGCGAUUCCUGGAAAUGCGUCGAGUGUCCCUGGCGCUUCGACGUCUGCACUCUCUGCGAAGAAAAGGAGGGAUCGGCAUGCUGCUGCGCUGGAGAGCAUUCGCGACUUUCUCAAAGGUCGAAGCAGUUAUGAUGGCCUCCCCGUCAGCUUUCGUCUCGUUGUGCUUGACACAAAGCUCGUCGUCAAGCCCGCCUUGGAUGUCAUGUGGCAAGCUGGUGUCGUCUCUGCGCCGCUCUGGCAAUCGACGGCAGAGUCGACCACGGCGCCCACAACGACGGCCCCAUUUGAGCCUUCAGCUCCAGCGCCUGCCGAAGAGCUUGCUUCCACCCAUCCUCCUCCUUCCGGGUCUGGGCCGCCGCUGACACCUGCUUCUGAUCCCACGCUCCUCUCCUCCGCCUCACCAUCCUCGAAUGCACUUUCGCUGCCGACGGCAAUAUCACUGCGUCAGACCUCGCCUGGGACAUCACCCUCACCAAGCGUGAUCCUCAGUGAAUCGGCUCAAGGCCCGACGAGUAUCGCCGCUGCCCGAGCUGCAGCGGCAGGGGCACCUCCGCCGGGCAAGGCUGGAUUCGCUGGCAUGCUCACCGUCAACGACAUCAUCCACCUCAUCCAAUACUACUAUCACCAUUCCAGCUACGAUAAUGCGGCUCAGGAUGUAGAGAGGUUCCGGCUGGAGAUGCUUAGGGACAUUGAACAAGCUUUGAACGUGCCGCAACCUCCCUUGCUAUCUAUCGAACCAAUGAGGCCCCUGUACGAAGCGUGCGAGCUUCUCAUCAAAACGCACGCUCGCAGGCUGCCCCUACUCGAUUACGAUGAGCAAACAGGCAUGGAGACGGUCAUCAGCGUCCUUACACAGUAUCGGGUCCUUAAGUUCAUUGCCAUGAACUGCCGCGAGACAGCGGGGCUUCAUCGAACUAUACGCGCUUUGGGCAUUGGCACCUACGUAUCGACGGUCCGCGGCGUAGGAUCUGCCAAUGCGUCGACGUCUGUUUCGCAGCAGUCCUCGAGACCUCCGUCAUCGGCUGCGCGUGGAUCCGUUGCCAGUCCAAGUCAGGGGGCUUCAUCGCGAAGAAGCAGCGAUCAGUCUCAAUCUCAGUUCUCAUUGAAUCCGCAGAUGCCUCCCGUCGCAUCUCCUGGAGCCGUCGCUGCUUCCUUGGCCCCUCAGGGUUCAGAUCUGACAACACCAACAGGAGGCGAAGGCGAAGAUGAAAAGGGCCAGAAUUUCUCCGCGCCUACAGAGAGCAGCGGCGGAAGUGGACCCGCACCUGCGUCCUCGUCAGUGCUUGCACAACGAUACGAGCCUCUGGCCACAGCGACGCUAGACACGACUGUCUUCGAUGUCGUUCAUAUGUUUUCCGAACGUGGAAUCUCGGCGGUGCCGAUCCUUGAUUCCGAUGGCUACGUAGUAGACCUUUACGAGGCUGUCGAUGUCAUUGAUUUGGUUCGAACGGGAGCCUACCAAUCGCUCGAUCUGACAAUCCGUCAGGCCUUGGCACGCCGCCCGAAAGACUUUGGUGGCGUCAUGACUUGUGGGCCAGACGACAGCUUGGCGAGCAUCUUUAGCCUGCUCCGUCACCGCAGGAUCCAUCGGCUAGUCAUCUUGGAGCCGGAGCCAUUUAGUGUUGGCGUCACUUCAUUGGCCGCAUCGCUGCAAAAGGAAGAACAACAGCGACGGGAGCGUGAAGAGGAAGCGACUGCACCAGCUUCCCGCCAAAGGCCAGCAGCUCCCGCGACAGCUGCCGCCAUCUCAGGAGAGGAACCUAGAAAAAGAGGUCGAGGCAAACUGGUAGGAAUCUUGUGUCUGUCGGACAUUCUCAAGUACGUCAUCGGAGCACCUGCCAACACGUCAAAGGCCGGCGGUGCGGGCAUAGGCGGCACGCCUUUGGCGAGCCAGCGAGGCUCACGAUCUCAUUCUGGCACAAGCGGAGGAGCCGCGUCGGGUGUGAGCGCGGGAGAAGUCUCGUCGAAGGUCCGGCUAGGAAGUGUCAGUGGCGGCAGCAGCGUUGGAGGCGGGCACUUGGCGGGGAGCGAAGCCGAGAGCAACGACGUAGGCCCUCUCGAAGGUCUGCCUUCAACCUUCGAGGCUGAAGAUCCUCCUGGCGAAAGUACUAGCUCUUCUUUGGAGAGCUCAAGUCAGCAGCCGCAGCCGCAGCAGCAGCAAGAUCAGAGCCAGUCAAUGACGCACGUUCCAAUUGCACAAUCCACAACGACGGCAAUGCCACAGCACUAUCCGCAGCAGCCGCUUCACCAGAUAGGCGCGGGCCAAUCGAUUGACGUUCCUUCGACAAUUCAGGAGCAUCCCUCGAAAGAAGAAGGGGAAGCACCUCAUACGGCAUCAUGACCUCCGGUGCCGUCAUUGUAGCGGUCAAACGAGCGACAAGGAGAAAGAUUCGCAACGUAAUAGACUUUUCUCGCCACUUUCCCCCCUCGGUCCAUUCCCUACCCUGCAUCAAUUUCUGGCGGAUUCGUACUCAGCAUCCUUUCUCAGCACCU